AUGGCCGCCAACUAUUGGGCCUCGACUCAGCGUCGUCAUUGGCUGUUCUCACGAGAGAGACUUGCCGAUAUUCGGGAGAAACUACGUGAGCAAGAUAAGGUCUCCCAUUCACAGUUCCCGCUGCCGGAUCAGCGCCUGUUGAACAUUUAUUGCAAUCAACAGCUCAUCAAGCUGGGGAAACGCAUGUCCACCCGACAACAAGCCAUUGCUACAGCUCAAGUCUAUCUUAAGCGGUUCUAUACCAAGAAUGAAAUCCGUCAAACAAACCCGUAUCUUGUGCUUACCACGGCCUUCUAUUUGGCCUGCAAGAUGGAAGAGUGCCCCCAGCACAUCCGCUUCGUGGUCGGAGAGGCCCGCGGACUCUGGCCAGAAUUCAUUACUCCAGAUGUUGCCAAGCUGGGAGAGUGCGAAUUUGCACUCAUCUCCGAGAUGAGUUCUCAACUCAUUGUGCACCACCCGUACCGAACCUUAACAGAGCUGCAAGACGAGCUACCUCUCAGCUCUGAUGAGGUUGCACUAGCCUGGUCUGUGAUAAACGAUCACUAUCUGACCGAUCUUCCGCUUCUGCAUCCACCACACAUAAUUGCCAUCAUGGCCAUCAUUAUUUCAGUUGUUUUCAAACCCGCGCACUCUAGUAACUUUGGCGGGUCGGCCCAGUCGACCUUGUCCGGUGCCAUGCGAGAUGGAAAUGGGAUGAAUAUGCUCGCAGCUCUAUCAGAUAAGACUGGCCAUGGUCCUCCUCGCAUUCAGAAGUUGGUUCUCUGGCUGGCUGAGAGCGAAGUGGACAUCAAGGCCGUUAUUGAAUGUACGCAGGAACUGCUCUCAUUAUAUGAGGUGUGGGAGCAGUACAGCGAGAAGAAUUGUAAGGAACUGAUUGGACGCAUGGUCAAGACGAAGAACUUGGAUAAAUAA